AUGUGUGCGUUGUAUGCUGAUACCUGUAGGUUACGACCAAAGUCCAGGGCCGAUGCGGGGGCCAACAAGGAGAAUGUACCACCUGCAAAGAGUGGCCGCUUGAGCAUCAAUUCCCCAGCUGCGCUCGAUCGACUCAUUAAGCCUUUUAAAUGUCCUGGCUCCGCCAAUUCACGUCGAACGACCUCGGAGCCACCACGAAAACGGCGCAAGGUGAACUACACCGAAGAAGGCAAUGGUCAGAACGAUAGUAGUGGUGGCUACAGCGGGGAUGUCGACGACGAGAUGAGCGCAUUGAAAGACAAGUUCCCAGUGUUUAAGGUCAAGGACAAGGAUACAAUCUUCAGGGCAAGGUUCUCCGUGCCACUCAUCAACAAGAAUGCCUAUGAUCCAUCCCGCCCUGCACCAAGUUUGGGCAUGAGGAAAGGUGUGCCCUUCCAGAACAAGCCGCUGCAUGACCCAAGUGGAGAGUUCUCUAUCGUGCUAUACGACCCUACGGUCGACGACAAGCCAGAUCCGGCAGCAGUAAAGCCGAACGAUCCGGAAGUCAAAGCAUUGGAUGUACCCCUCAUGCAUAAAAGUCUGGCAGAGAUCCUAGGAAUAAAGAAGGAGGUCGAGGGCGAGAGGCCGAACGUGCCCGUGGUCAUCGACCCGCGUCUUGCCAGAAAGUUGCGACCACAUCAAGUGGAAGGAGUCAGAUUCCUGUACCGGGCUACGACGGGCUUGAUCGAUGACAAUGCCAAAGGGUGCAUUAUGGCGGACGAGAUGGGUCUCGGCAAAACCUUGCAAUGCAUUGCACUUAUGUGGACACUCCUCAAACAGAGCCCUCAAGCCGGCAAACCCACUAUCCAGAAGUGUAUUGUUGCAUGCCCGGCCAGUCUGGUGAAGAAUUGGGCGAACGAAUUAGUGAAGUGGCUGGGCGAAGGAGCCGUCACGCCUUUCGCCAUCGACGGGAAGGCCACCAAAGAGGAGUUGUCGUCUCAGCUCAAGCAAUGGGCCAUCGCUUCAGGACGGGCGGUCACUCGACCAGUGAUUAUCGUAUCCUACGAGUCGCUGCGUCUCAAUAUGGAAGAGCUCAAGGACGUGAAGAUCGGCCUGAUGCUCUGCGACGAAGGACAUCGACUGAAGAAUUCGGACAGCAACACCUACACGGCUCUCACGCGAUUGAAGGUCGAUCGGAGAGUUAUCUUAUCUGGAACCCCGAUUCAAAAUGACCUCACCGAGUACUUUGCUCUGCUUGACUUUGCAAACCCCGGCUACCUUGGAACUCGAGCAGAUUUCCGGAAGAAGUACGAGCUACCUAUCCUACGCGGACGCGACUCAGAAGGUUCUGACGCCGACAAGGCGAAAGGCCAAGCGGCCAACGCGGAACUUGGAGCGUUGGUAAACAAGCUCAUUAUCCGCAGAACGAAUGAUAUCCUAUCAAAGUACCUGCCUAUCAAGUAUGAGCACGUGGUGUUCUGCAAGAUGGCUCCGUUUCAGCUGGAUCUGUACAAUCACUUUAUUAAGAGCCCGGAGAUUAAGAGCUUGCUGAAAGGCAAAGGAAGUCAGCCACUCAAGGCAAUUGGGAUCCUGAAAAAGCUAUGCAACCAUCCCGAUCUGCUUGACCUCGACAAAGAUCUUCCAGGCAGCGAGGGUGUUUGGCCAGAGGAUUACGCUCCCAAGGAGGCCCGUGGACGCGAUCGCGAUGUCAAGUCGUGGUGGUCUGGCAAGUUCCAGAUUCUCGAGAGAAUGCUCGCCCGCAUCCGCCAGGACACCAACGAUAAGAUUGUCUUGAUCAGCAACUACACUCAGACGCUGGAUGUCCUGGAGAAGCUAUGCCGGGCAAGGUCGUACGGCUGCUUGAGGCUAGAUGGGACAAUGAACGUCAACAAACGACAGAAACUUGUCGACAAGUUCAAUGAUCCAAACGGAGAGGAGUUUGUCUUUUUGCUGAGUAGCAAGGCAGGUGGCUGCGGCAUCAACUUGAUUGGUGCCAAUCGACUGAUAUUGUUCGACCCAGACUGGAACCCUGCCGCCGACCAGCAGGCCCUUGCUCGCGUGUGGCGCGAUGGCCAGAAGAAGGAUUGCUUCGUUUACCGGUUCAUGGGAACAGGUACGAUCGAGGAGAAGAUAUUCCAACGUCAAUCGCACAAACAAGCCCUCUCUUCCACUGUGGUCGACUCGGCGGAGGACGUUGAGAGACAUUUCUCGGCCGAGUCGCUGAGAGAGCUCUUCCAGUUCAAGCCAGAUACCAGAAGCGAUACACACGACACGUUCAAGUGCAAGCGCUGCAAAACUGACGGCACCCAAACAAUCAAAGCACCAGCCAUGCUCUAUGGAGACACCAGCACCUGGAAUCAUUUUGUCAACAGUGGCGAGCAGGGGCAACUGGGACGAAUUCAGGAUCUUCUGCUGAGGCAGGAAGCUGCAGAAGAGGCAGUUAGUGCAGUGUUUCAGUACAUCUCUCACUAG